GUUGCGUUCGGUACAGGAGGAGAUUGACUCUCUGGAGGAGGAGAAAAAGAGCGAACUGACUGAGGCCCAGGAGAGCUACGCCUGGCCCAGGAGGAGGUGCUACUGCUGCAGCAGGCGGCGGAGGAGUCGGCGGCUGAGAGGGAGAACGACAUCGCCUCCCUACAGGAGGAGCUUUGUCGCCAUCAGGCCGAGCUGGGGAGGCUCAACGAGGAGACACAGGAGUACGAGCUGGAGAUCACCACGCUCCGUGCCGAGAUCAGCAUGAAGAGUCAGAGGAGAGAGGAGGAGAGGAGAGGAGGAGACGUAGAAACACUGAAGCAGGAGUGUGUCACGUUGAGGGAGGAGUGUGAGACAUUGAAGAAUGACAACAGACGUCUGACUGAGAGACUACAGCUACAGAGUUCCAACAGCCACCUGUCCCUGAAGGAGGAUGGGGAGGACACUGGGAUUGGAGUGGGCACAGAGAUGGGGGGCAUGGCUGAGAGCUACAUGACCAUGGCAGACUGCCAGUCAACGGGCACCAACUGCCGCCUGAAGGACGUGUCCAUUCAGAAGAACAUCUCGUUCGACGGGAAGCUCAUGACCCCCACCGGCUGGAAUGGAGGAUUUGGGGAGAUCGUCUCACUGAGGGACCAGCUGAAACAAGCUGAGGAGAAGGCCUCACUGGUACAGAGACAGUGUGACGGUUUGAAGACCGAGCUGAGGGAGCUACAGGUGCUAUAUGACUGCAGCCAGAGGGAGAGGGCGGGGAUGGAGGAGGAGCUACUGCGCUGCAAGGCUGAGUUGGAGCGGCUGGCUGGAGGGGGGCAGAGCUAUAUCCAUUCGUCUGAGUCCCCUGUUCUCUCCAUCCCCUUCAUAGGAAUAAUURUAAUAUUGGGAGUGGUUUGGUGCUGGUUGUCCGAGCUGGCGUCACAGAAAGCAAGGGGUGGGAUAUAGAACGGAACCCUAUUCUGACUGUCACCGCGGCAACAGCUGUGCUUCUGAUCGUGGCUAGCUUGUUGAGAGGCCCGAUGUUGAGCAGAUCAGUAACGAGUUAUACCGACAAAGACGGUAAUGUCUGCUUAUAGACAACUACCCUCCAUCCCAACCCCCUUAUCACAUCGAUCUGGGACGAACAACAGAUCACACGCCAUUCCUCUAAUUCAUCGCUAGGAAGAGGAUAUUUAGAUGMCAACUGUUCAGAAAACAGGAGCAUCUUGAAAAGGAAAACUUCAGAAAACAGGAGAUAAGAGUGCUCAUAGUUCUGAUGGAAAAGAUGGACUCCUUUUCUCUCCUGUUCUGGGGGACACAGGUCUUCGUGAAGCUGAGAACAUAGUGUGGAUACUUACAUUUAAUUGGAUAGUACCUUCCCGCAUAAAUCUAGCUGGUUCUGCCCCUGUGGCAUCUCAUUCUGUCCCUGUCUCUCUGUCUGUCUCACGGGUCUUGACUAUGGGACUCAAUUGGUCCUGAGUUUAAAUGUCUUAUACUACUCUUAUACAACUCUCAUCUUGUAUUUUACUAAAUGUAUUUAUUAAUAUGUUAAUUGAUUGGUCAUCUUUUAACAAGAACCACCUCUGCACCUUGCACAUUUGCUGAAUUAAAACCCUUAAAUAAAUAAAUGAGGUUAAAUAAAUAAAUAAAAUCCAUAUGAUGUUGUAAAUAAGUCCUAGUAGAAUCUUUCUGAAAAUAUAGUUAUAUCUACACGUGUAAUUCAUUAUUUAAAGGAAUAUGUCGAAUACAUGAAAUAAUUUCAUGUCUGUGCCCGURUCUUGUGAAUAGCUCAAACCAUGGGGAUUUUUCUCAAUUAGAAUUAAAUUAAUAAUGAAGACCUAGUAUAGAGUUCUAGUCUAGAGCGACAGAUGCUUUCCCCCCCCAAAAAAUGUUUAAAGGCAAUAGUUAAUUUAUAAAGCAUACGCUCUAAAAUAUUUACUCAUCAAUUUACAUUUACUGAAAAAAUCCAAUGAUCAUUCCAGAUGUCCUACCUGCAGUGAAUCUGUUAUUAGUGAGGAUGUUUAAUCUGGGUUUUCAGAGUUGUGUAAAUGCCUAUUUGUUAUGGUGUCCUCAUUAAAGGGGGAAGUGUAUGGGAGAUAUGUGUGCUAGUCUAGCAGCUGUCCCUAAUGCAGCUGUCAAUCCUAGCCCGGUGUUUCAAGUCUAUGUUUAACCAACCAUCUCACCCACAUACGAGUGUCCUAGCUAUUUUUGUCCACAGUCACAGUCACUUCUUUUAUUUACUGAACUUAACUUAGUGCACCGUCAGACAGACUUGGGUUGAAAUACCAGUCUGAAAUCAUUUCAAAUACCUUAUCUGUGUUUUGAUUGAGCUUCCUGAUUUAAUGGACCAAAAUAAUAGUCCCCAAACUGGAAACCCCACCCAUUUGUCACUCCAGGCAGUCUAAAGAAAACACUCAAAGCAUUUGAAAGAGUWGGACAYAGUAUUUGAAGCCAGGUGUGCCGUGGGUAAAGCAUGCAUGGCUUCUGCCUGCGUUGUCAUACAGUGACUGUAUAAUUAACCACCCAAAAUAUGUCAACCACAGUUAGCACGCCCUGCCUGUAUUUUCUUCUUCUUCCACAUCCCAGACUACAUGAGUCAGCUCACAUGCCAAGCACGGCCACACUGUCCCUGAUAUGCCUUUGAUGAGUUCAUCAGUUCACCCGUGAAGUCUGGGCCCAUAUUUCUUUUUUUAAAGAGUCUCAUAGUAGGAGUUCUGAUCUUGGAUCAGUUUGAACUUUGGGAUCAUAAUGAACAAGAUCACAUGGACGGGGACGGGGGCGGGGAGGACUGACCCUAGAUCAGCACUCCUAACCCAAUAUGCUUUAUGGAUGUGUGGAUUUAUGGAUACAUUAACUGUAUAUUAUGGAUAUGUUUCGUACAGCAACACAUUAACUGUAUAUGACCUCUGUGUCAUGUUUCGAUAGCGUGAUCUAUGUUUUUGAAUAUACUGUAGCAGCUAUUCAUACAACAGACAAAGGACAGCGAGUAUUUAACCUUGAGCGUGUGAAUGUCUCAAAAUACCUAAUGUACACACUGUUCAUAACUGAGUUGUUUCUGUACUUUUUACCUACUAACACUUUCUUAAAUGUGGAAAGAAAGGAAUGUGUUUUUUAUAAGGGGGAUGGAUUUUCUUGGCUUGGGUUGGUCUUUCCACAUGUUCUGAAAUGUCAUUAAAAUAGAUUUUUUUCUUCUUCUCCAGGUACACAGCUAGAGAAUGUUGACAGUCAGCAUUCCAUAGUUGAAUGAUGCUUGUGAACAUACCAUAGAUAGGAUAUUUAUAUUUGUGCUGUGUCUGGUCGUACGUGAUGAUAUGCCUGUGUGUGGGGGACAGAAGAUUGGUAGACCAUGAGGCAGCUAAACAAGUUUGAUUGCAGAAUGCAUUCUUGAAAUUGGAUUGUUAUGUCAAUUAUGUCAAUCGUUUUUUUGGCAAAUUCUAAAUGUGUCUGGAUUGAACAGUUCAAUUUGUCACAAAAACGAGACAGCAUUUUAAACGUUUUAAAUGAUCUGUUUAACAAACUGUGAAAUUUUGUGACACAGUAAAAGUCUAGCUACUUUAGAGUUGACAAGGCAUGCUAUAUAUAGUCUAAGAGAAAAGUUUAAACGUUUAUUUAUGUUUAAUAUGAAGUUUCUGUUUUACUUUAUAUUUGUUGUAGAUUCAGAAGUGGUAUAGACUAACGUGGGAGAGAAAUAUGACCAAAAUCUCCAUUUGUAAUAGCUUUGUAGAAAGUCUAUUUUGAGAGAGCAGUGUAUAUAUUCAUAGCCAAAUUAUGUAAAAGUGUAUUUAUGGUGGGUUUAUUAAGAGAACCAAUGUUGAUAAGUGUUUUCAAUACCUCUAUGUUUGGAUGARUAGUCAGUGCAUGCAGGUAGAGGUUGUUUUAGGUGUUAGUUCCCAGUAUAAGUAUGCUAAAAUAAACAGACCGCCAAAAUCAA